GGCGAUAAGCUUAUUCUUCCGCCUUUCGUGCUCGAGGAACUCCUUCGUACGGCCAGUCAAUCCGUACCUGGUGAUUUCUCUGAUGCACAACUUCCUUAUCCCAUAACAUUUCAGAUUACUAAUCCAAAAACACGCCUAAUAACUCAUGGAGGUGUUCUCGAAUUUAACGCAAAGGAUGAAAAAGCUUACUUACCAAAAUGGAUGCAUGAUUCAUUAUCACUUACAAAUGGUUCGGAAGUUACGAUCAGAUUGAAGGAAUUACCUAAAGGUACCUGGGCACGAUUUCGUCCAAUGAAUGCAAAUUACAAAGAAAUACCUGAUUACAG